GACUACAUUUCCCGACAGGUCUAGCGGCGCUCCCGCCCGCCCUCCCGAGACACGAGCCGAACUGGGCGUCAGGUCGGGAGCCGGUCCGGUUCCCGCUCCCCGCUCUCCGCCGCUGCCUCCCUCCCGCAGCGCCCCUACCCACCGAGCCGCGCAGACCCUGAGCCUCGGCUGGGGCUGCACCGCCGCCCUCGCCGGCCUCUAGAGCCCACCCAGCGGAGCCAGGCGCUGGCAGCCGAGGGCGGGACCCCCGAUUCCCCCCCCAGCCCUACCCCGGAGCCCCGGGGCCCGAGCCGGAGACCCCCGCCCCCGCCGCCGCGUCGAGGACCUCGGCCGCCCCCGGCUUCCGAGGAAUAUGGACGCCGACUCGUGCGCCUCCGCCUUCCACCCUGAGGAAUACUCCCCCAGUUACAAGAGGCGGCGAACUGUGGAAGAUUUCAACAAGUUUUGUACCUUUGUCUUGGCAUAUGCUGGUUACAUCCCUUAUCCAACAGAGGAGCCUCCUUUGAGGAGCAGCCCCAGCCCUGCCAACAGCACAGCCGGGACCAUCGAUAGUGAUAGCUGGGAUGCCAGCUUUGCUGACCUGCCCCCAUCAGUGUCCCUGCCUGUUGCUGACCGGUGCUUUGGCCACUUGCAGCCCUCCCUUCUGCAGCGAGCCAAACCCAGCAACUUCCUCAUGGACAGAAAGAAGACAGACAAGCUGAAGAAGAAGAAGAAGCGUAAGCGGAGGGAUGCAGACAUGCCAAUGGAGGAGGAGUACAUGGGGGGCCUGCUGAAGCUGGAGCCGGCUGACACUUUUGCCCAGAGAACGGCCAGCCCUGACCUGCAGGACAUCCCUGCGGCCAGCAGCGACCCGUGCUCGGGCUGGGAUUCUGACACCCGCUCGAGCGGCUCCUGUGCAGUGGCCACCCCCGAGGAAGUCAAGGAGAUUCAGACAGAAGGCAAACGGACUGUCAUACGGCAGGGCAAACAGGUGGUGUUCCGGGACGAAGAUAGCACUGGGAACGAUGAGGACAUCAUGGUGGACUCGGAUGACGAUUCCUGGGACCUCGUCACCUGUUUCUGCAUGAAACCUUUCGCUGGACGACCGAUGAUUGAAUGUAAUGAGUGUCACACCUGGAUCCACCUGUCCUGUGCAAAAAUCCGGAAAUCCAAUGUUCCUGAAGUGUUUGUUUGCCAAAAGUGCCGGGACUCCAAGUUUGACAUCCGCCGCUCCAACCGCUCCCGAAUGGGUUCCCGGAAGCUCUUUCUGGAUUGACUGGGGUGGGGCAUGACUUCAAAGGAAGAAUUAGAAGGGCCGGUGGGUGUUCUUUGGGGUCACUUUUUCUGAAUCUGAGCACAGAACUGUUAGCGAGAGUGGUGUGGCCAUCCUCGCCCUUCUGACAUCGAGGUGCCUAAGCAGGACAGGUUGUCCAAGGUACAUAAAAACUGUACAUAGUUGGUGACGACGUAGAAUCUUUGUUGGCCAAAGCCGCUGCUGGGGCCCCGUGCUCCGCAGCCAGAGCAGGCUCGACACCGUGGUGUUGAGCUCAAAAUGAGGGUAUGUGAUGGUUGUGAGUCUUUUCCCCCACUUUGGACUGCUGGGGUGGGGCUGGGGGGGUGAGGGUGGGGACAGGGACAGUCCUCCCCAGAGGGAGGAAGACAUCUCUGGUUUCCAAGGAUUCAACAAGCGAACAGCCAUAUGUGUUAAGCUUCCCGAGUAUAAGUCUUUUACCGUAAGUGUCUGUAUAGCUAGCCUAACAUUGCCCUUUCCUCAGCCAUCAGUUCCCUAGCCUGCUGCCUUGGCCUGAGAGGGGGCAUCCUAGGUCAGUCGCAAGUGGCGUCCUCUGGUCUUGCUGUGGGGAGAGUCUGGGCCAGUGAUUCCCCCUCCAGUGGUUUUCAGAUGCUCUCCUGGUGUAUUUAGAGGAAUCGCACAGGGCUGCUUCUGUUGGGGCAGAGCCAGGAUGGUCUCUUAGAUGAAAGGGGCCUGAGUCGUUGAUACAAGUUUCCAUUUUGCACGAUAUAAAUUUUUUUUUCCUUUUUUCCCUUUUUGUUUCCUUUUUUUGUUUGUUUUUUUGUUUUUGCACGAUCCAGCCAAACUGAGUUUGGCGGAUUCCCUGCCUGGUUCCCCCCUUGUCUUUGGGACAUGUUGGGAUGCAGAGUAGAGGUGCUCUCUUCAGAGUGAGUGGGAGCAGAAUGGUUCCCUCCUCAUUUCUUCCCCCAGUGCACUGACCCUGCCUGCAUCAUGAUACAGGCAGUUAUCACUGGAGAUGAGUAGUGGUCUUAUUCAAGUAAGAAAUGUCCUGAGCAAAGCCAGGGAUCUAUGUUUCCUAAGGCAGAUUGAGGAGUCUGCCUCUUACACAGGGUGGAUUGCCUUUGGGCAUCUGCAGAGCAAGGGUAGAACUUAAAAGCCCUUGCAUACUUAAGUUGUUGAGUGUUGUCCCAAUACUGGCACUCAGGUGUUUGUGGCAUUUGUGUUAGGUCCUGUUAACCGCUCCCCGGCCUCUGUAACUUUAAAACUCCUGAUGUGGUCCACAGCAGGAAGAUCCUGAUUGUGUUUGGCUAUGGGAAGUCUAGGGGAUUUUGAGGUGUGUGUGUGACCCUAGCUGAGCUCUGCUGCAGGGCCAUCCCCGUUGCAGAACCACUGGCUGAUUCUGCUACUUGGUUAACAAGAGAAUGACCUGAGCUUUUUUCUCCUUAAUGACUAAGUUGACAAAUAACUGUAUGUAGCCGCUGUUCAAGGCCUUGUUUUAAAAAAAUAAAAAAUUAAAAAAAAAAAAUCCAUCCCUUGUAAAUGAAUGAAUGUUGUUCUUUAGAAAGUGUGGAAAGGGUAAGUGGAAUUGAAGUUAGAAGUUUUAUUUCCAAACAAAAAGGGCUCAGCCAGCCUCCCCCACAGAGGUGCUAUGGGCUUAUAAAGUUGCUUUUUUUUUUUUUUCUUCAGUAGGGGCAUGAGACUACUAAGCUUCUCUCCUCAAGGAAAAGCUGUCCUAUUUUGUUGAAUCCAAGCCCCUUUUUAGGUCUGGUGUCUUUCACACCCUUGCCCAGCUGGCUUUUUUUAAGUUCAUUUACCAUUUGAGCAGAAAAAAGAAGAAACUGAGUUCCUUGAAACCUGGUCCAACACGAAGAAUCCCAAGGGCGAAGUUAAAUCAUAGGUUACAGAAUUUUAAAAGUGCACUCUGAAACCGCCCAGCUUCCACGAGGGCAUCUACCAUACGCUCAAGAGGCAUUCGCAGCCAAAGAUCUGCCCCCUUCGACCACCUGUCUAGUUUCUGCACCAAGAGAAAUAACCAAAGUUUCAAAAUCCUUUUUGUUUGUUUGUUAGACAUUUUUAUUCCACAAAGUGUUAAAGAGUGCUCGAAAGCAAAACCUCGGGCAGUUGAAGUUGGGGUCCCUAGUCAGCGAUCCACGUUAGUCACACGGUUAGAGAGCCAUGGCCAUUGUCAGUGUAGGGACUAGGCUUCAUGGGGGUUUCUUGUCCGGAAGUGACUCUUGGGAAGGCCUACAAUGUUCAUCUGGUGGUUUUUAUCAAGUGGGUUCCUGGUCUGUUCCUUCAACAGACCUAUACCAGGGUGGUGUCUGAAAAGCCAGGCAAGUGCGUUUCUGCGUUAGAUUGAGCUGGGGUAGCUGCAGUCGGCUUAUUUUAUGCAAAUGAGGUGUGUCCCAUCCAGGGGCUCCUGGCAUGUGGCCGAUAGAGUUGGGGGGGAGGGGGAGGAUGUCUCCAGAAGUUAGGGGUCCCUCUUGGGCUUUGGCCAGGCCAGACACUUAACAUCGUUUACAUGGUUCUGUGUAAUUAUAAAGUUUAUGUGUAUAGAGAAGCUGUUUCUGUGAAACUGUAUAUUUUGUAAAUAAAUAUAUUGAUACUUUGAAGUUCAA